UCUGAAAUUAAAGCAUUAAAAUUUUAUUUUUAUACCAAUAACAUGCGUUUUUCCGUAAUCAUUUUGACAUGUGUUCUCUUGAUAGAUGUAACUGUUUAUUGCCGUCGCAUAAAGCGACACCGGUAUAGAACACAUAACUUGAAACGUAUGAUUUAUGACAAUCCAGCAUACUUCUCAGACUAUUCUACUGGUGAAGCACAACAAAGUGGUGGUAGUGGUUACGAAAGCGGUGGUGGUGAAGGUGGUGGAAACGGUAAUGGCAAUGGAAAUGGUUGUGAAGACAAAUGCAAUAGUGGACCGGGUGGUGGAAAUUCUAAAAUGAAAGCCACAAAUAUAGCGCAAAAAGCUGCUCAAGAGGCCAAAGCUGCCUCUGAAGCACAAGCAGCUGCUGGUCAAGCUGCAGCCCAUCAAGUUAAGGCGCAACUGGCUGAAAAGGCAAUGGCAGCAGCGAAAGCAGCAGAAGCUGCGUUAGCUGGUAAGCAGCAAAUUGUAGAACAGUUAGAACAAGAAGUACGGGAAGCUGAAGCAGUUGUUCAAGAGGUGGGUUCAUCCCUACAGAAUGCUCAAUGUAAUGUAAAUGCUGCAAUGCAGGCUGCGCAACAAGCACAAUCACAACUAAAAACACUUUCCAAAGCGGUAAAAACCGCACAAGCAAAUGUUGGCAACUCUGAGCAAGCCGCUCAAGGCGCCCAAUCAGAACUUGCUGAAAAAACGCAAUUAUUGGAAGCCGCUAAAUCGAGGGUGGAACAGCUGCUACGUCAAUUAAGUCAAGCUAGAGGCGAUUUCAAUAACACUAAAACAGCUGCAUAUAAAGCUGCUGCUGCUGCACACGAAGCCAAGAUUAAUGCAGCGAAGGAUACUUGCAACUAACUACCAUACCUAAUUUACAUAUUUACGCUUAUUUAUUAUGUUACGAUGUCGUUCUGCUUGCAAUUAUAUUUAU